AUGGCGAGACACAGCACGCACCAUCUCAACGCCCUCGAAAGAGAAGUCGAUAUACCCCCCAUGCUUGUGAAAAAUGUAAAGCCGCAAAAGGAAGACGAGCGCAAGUUCGAAGCCGAGGUUUCAGCACUCCUCCAACAACAAAACGAGAAGUUGGAUCUCUUGAUCAAAAAGACAACAGCGAUUGAAGCUGCUUAUGAAGCGGCUGAAAAUCGUCUCUCAAAAGCAGACACUGGCCUAUCGCCUCAGAAACAUCCUUUGCCCCUCUUCCAAACAUCGACCAGCGCUUUCUUUUGUAUCAACGUCAUUGAUGCAGGUGUCAGAAAGCUCGGACUGGACUUCUCACAAGGACGAAGCCCGCACAAUGGGUACAUCACUGCCCAAACGCGCACCGCCUUGUCGAUCAUCCACGGUGAGGUGGUCGACGGUGAGUCAAGUGACAUCAGUCGAAGCGAACUGGAGGAUGUUGCGGAAUCGAUCUCAGAGGGGAGUGCAGGUAGUCAAGAUGCUUCUCCACCUCUAAAACUGGUAGAUCCGCUCGAUGAGAUAGACCGCCAUCUCCUCUUGCAGGGCGUGCAAGCAUUUCAUGAUCUGGAAUGGGUCAUGUACCCUAUCGUGGACAUUUUCGACUCUAAAGAUAUUGUAAAGCGCCGCUCAGAAGCCUCCGGCGGUCUCGCAGUCCGAGGAAGGACACCCAGUAUUAGCAAGGAGGACUCAGCCAUCCUAAAAAUGACCGUGGCCAUUGGCCUCCUAGCUGAGGGUGAUACCCAUCAAAAACUCACUGCUAGGUUGUUACAGUCUCUUCACUCGGAGAUCGAAAAUAUGAUAUGGAAUGCAGCGGUUGACCUGAAAGACCUGGUACUGAUGACCUUGGUGAUCUUGUACCACGUGCACUGCGCUCGAUGGAGGCUGGCUUGGAGAUUUACGAUGAAUGUCAGCCGCAUCAUCCUUGAGUUGGGCUUGAAUCGAAAAAUGGUUCUUGAUCGCUCUUUCCCGGACAUCAAAAUUCGGUCACAGGCAAUCAAUACCGUCUGGACGGUAUUUGUCCUCGAACAACAUCUCAGCUACGCCUUGGGUUUCUCAAAUGCAAUGCAAAACCUACAUCCGGAGUCGAACUUCCCUCCGCCGGUUGAAGCGCCCUUUUUGCAGCUCAUGAUCGAGUACGCAAGUAUAGGGAAACAGUCCUGCGACGCGCUCUUGAGCGACAAGAUCCUCAAUUCCGAGCAACUCACUACUUUCCAAGAUGACUAUGCCUAUUUUCUCUACAGAGUAAAUUUGUGGGCCACACGGGCUUCCGAGAAUUUCGAAGCCUUUACACUCGAUGACAGCACCCGUCUGGGAGUACAAAUGGUGCGUACGACUCUAUACAUACGAGCCAACCACCUCAGGACACUGAUCGCUCGGGCCUUCCUCUGCUCUGGCCUUCGCAAUGCAGCACCCUCGGAUAUCUGGAUCACGUCAGUGGAUGUUGCCGCGGACACGAUCAUGGUUCUUACUCAGCUGGAUUCUUCCACGAGAGAAUACCGUUUUCACCAAGCGCAAUUCAACCACUUCCUCAUUUCUGCCUUGGAUAUCCUACUCUUCGCAACUACCCACAAGUCAUCUGGUGUGGGAUCUCCUUCUGCGAAUGGGGAGGAGCUUUCAGUCCCUGACGAGAUUGCUCAAAAGGCCCGACAGAGCUCAGCAGCUGCGCUGGGCCGUCUCCAAAGGCUGGCUGAAACUUCGGUUCAGUCCAAGUACCUGUGGGAAAGAAUUCGAGGCGUAGCUUCGCGCCUCAACCUUUCUGACCACCUCUUCUCAGCAUCAGCGCCGGAAGCCGAGGCUCUCACUGCAUUGGGACCUGAGAUUGAGAUUUCCGAAUAUACCAAAGCCGUCACUGAAACUCAGUUCGGCGGCAACUCGUUAUCGCUCACCGAACUUGGCCCAGACGAAGGCCAGAAUGGGUUGAUGUUUCCGUUCUUAUAUGAAGACCCAUCUCUAUGGGGGUUUCAGCUGCCAGCCUCUUCAGAACCUGACUUUGGCUUGCCUCAAGACCUUGGGACGCUGGUCAACAAUUUGUGGAUGCCGUGA